UUUCUCUUUCCGGCUCCAACUUGUAUCCCAACCAAAGAAACAACAGAGAGUAGCGGGGGAAGAACACUAUUCACCGAGAAUCCGAUGCCAUUGUAAAAGUCCCAACGAAAAGCAUAAUCACUAAGCCCGCUCGCUUCUUCUUCCCUCUUCCUCUCUCUAUUUCUUGAUCUCAGUACCCUUUAGUGGCAUUUGGCAAGUUUAUGCUACCAGAGGAAGAGAGAGGGAAAGCGUCAAUGGUGGUCAAGGCUGAGCCAGCGAGCCUGGGGCAGCAGAGGGAGGCCGUUCAGGUGCUGGAAGUAACACCGCUAUCUUCUCCGACGCCGGCGCCACACCCAUAUGCGUUUCACAUCUCCGGUCCACGCAAUGUCGCCUCCCCUAAUUGGAGAGACCUCAUCAGUUCCAGUUGGAAAGACGACAACUACAAGAGGACGGUGAUUGCGUGCUUCAUCCAAGCGGUCUACUUGCUGGAACUUGACAGGCAAGAAAACAGGACGCUAGAGGAUGCCCUAGCCCCAAGCUGGACCUUGCUCAAGGGCCCAACCAUGAGACGAGACAUCGAGGACGACCUCCGAUUCCUCGCUUGGGAGAGCCUCAAGGGCUCUGUCAGGUUCAACGUGGCGCUGCAGGCAUUGAGGUCGGUUGCUGAGAGGUACGGUGCGAGCAAUGUUUGUGUUGCAGGUCACUCCCUAGGAGCUGACCUUGCUCUAGUUGGCAAGGCGUUGGCUAAAGAAGCCAUCUUUGUGGAUGCUCAUCUCUUCAACCCGCCUUCUGUGUCUCUCGCUAUGAGCUUCAGGAACAUGGGGGAGAAGGCCGAGUUCGCAUGGAAGAGGUUGAAGGCAAUGAGAGUUCUUCUGGCUUGA